GCGCACUGAGCUGAAGGAUCUUCCAGGCACCAAACUACCUUGUCAAGAGCUCUGAGAAUCAGAGCUGAUGGGAGAGAAGCUAGAGCGCGAAAGUAAAAUGGACUCCCUGUAUUGAUUCUGCUUCCUGACUCCCGGAGGACUUCAGCCCAGAGGAAUGAAAGCCUGAGCACAACCUUUCACCUAGGCUCUGCUAACCAAGAACAAACCGCAAGCCCAAGUGCAUUAUAAGAAGGCCCAGACCUGCCCUGCUCAGAUGCUCCAGGUCCGACGAAUCUGCUGCCUCUUUUCUCUGGCCCUUCAGCGAUGCGACUGCAUCUGUUGCUCUACAUUCUUUUCUUCUUUGUGACACUCCUGCUUCCGGUAAGAAGCGGUUUAGGUCCUGCUGAAGGCCACUGUCUCAACCUGUCAGGCAUCUGCAGAAGAACCACCUGUAAGCUAACAGAAGAUGAAAUUGGUGGCUGCCGGAGAAGGUGGAAAUGCUGUAGACCGUGGUGGAUUCUUAUACCUGUUCCAACACCUGUUGUCUUUUCAGAGUAUCAAGAAGCAGUUAAGCCCAGGGUAAAAUGAAACCAUCAAACCAUCAAAAGGAAAGUUCUCUGUCUCUA